CUACGGGUAAAAUUCCGACCCGGCCCAUUAAACGAAGGCCUAUUAAACAAACUGUCGCAUUUACCCAACAACCGCCAAAUUACCAUCCUUACCUUCUCCAAAACUACACUCAAAAUGCACUGCGACUACUAAAAUCCCAUCCAAAAUAACAUUCAACAUAAUAUCUAAAACCUUCAGAUCUGGAGGAAACACUGUUCUCUUUUUCCAUUCCUAGUUAUGCGGAGGCCGGGGCUGCAUAGGCAGCAUUGGAAGCAAGGAGGAGGAUCGAAGGGAAUUUACGCUAAGCUAACGGUUGUUGUUGUGGUGCUUUUGAUCUGCACGUUCUCGGUUUUCUUUUCGGCUACGAUUAGUGGAAAUCGCGCAUCUCUCGAGUCUUCUGAGAUUAAUGUCGAAGAACUUUGGGAAAGUGCCAAGUCUGGUGGCUGGAGGCCAUCAUCUGCUCCACGAUCUGAUUGGCCCCCUCCUCCAAAGGAAACUAAUGGUUAUCUUCGAGUUCGUUGCAAUGGCGGUCUGAAUCAACAACGCAGUGCGAUCUGUAAUGCGGUUCUUGCUGCACGAAUCAUGAAUGCCACACUUGUACUGCCUGAGCUGGAUGCAAACUCUUUUUGGCAUGACGACAGUGGCUUCCAAGGUAUCUAUGAUGUUGAGCAUUUUAUCCAGACACUGAAGUAUGAUGUACGAAUUGUGGAAAGCAUACCUGAAAUUCACAAGAAUGGCAAAACCAAGAAGAUAAAAGCGCAUCAGAUUCGCCCCCCUAGGGAUGCUCCUAUAAGUUGGUAUACAACAGUUGCUCUCAAGAAAAUGAAGGAACACGGUGCUAUUUAUCUAACUCCCUUUUCACAUCGCCUUGCCGAAGAAAUCGACAAUGCUGAGUAUCAACGUUUGAGGUGUAGAGUUAAUUAUCAUGCUUUAAGGUUCAAGCCAAAUAUUAUGAGGUUAAGUGAGUCAAUAGUUGAUAAACUCCGUGCACAAGGUCAUUUCAUGUCGAUACAUCUUCGUUUUGAGAUGGAUAUGCUUGCAUUUGCCGGGUGCUUUGAUAUAUUUAGCCCAGAAGAGCAAAGUAUAUUGAAGAAGUAUAGAAAGGACAAUUUUGCAGAGAAAAGACUUGUUUAUAAUGAAAGAAGGGCCAUUGGCAAAUGCCCUCUAACUCCAGAGGAGGUUGGUCUUGUCUUGCGUGCUAUGGGAUUUGACAACUCUACACGGAUAUACUUAGCCGCUGGUGAACUAUUUGGUGGAGAUCGUUUUAUGAAACCGUUUCGGGAUCUUUUCCCUCGCCUUGAGAAUCACAGUUCUGUGGACUCUUCAGAGGAACUAGUUGCAAACACACGGGGUUUGUUAGGCUCGGCUGUUGAUUACAUGGUUUGUCUUCUUUCGGACAUUUUUAUGCCAACGUAUGAUGGACCGAGCAACUUUGCCAACAACCUACUUGGUCACCGUCUCUAUUAUGGCUUUCGAACUACAAUAAGACCAGACAGAAAAGGUCUUGCUCCAAUAUUCAUUGAUCGAGAGAAUGGACAGACUGCUGGUUUUGAACAAGCAGUUAGGCGUGUCAUGCUCAAAACGAAUUUCGGUGGGCCUCACAAGCGUGUGCCACCGGAAUCAUUUUAUACGAAUUCUUGGCCGGAAUGCUUCUGUCAAAUAUCACCUAGCAAUCCUGCAGACAAAUGCCCUCCGGAUAAUGUUUUGGAAAUUUUAGAAAGCCAGUUGGAGAAUGAAGUGAAUAGAGACCUAGAAGCCUUGAUGGAAACAAAUUCAACACGUAGAACGGAAAUAUGAGAAUUUUGCGUUGAAUUAUUCUGUGGCAUUCAUCUUAGAAACUAGAGAAAGGAAGUGAUUUAUCUGGCCAUGUUGAAUUUUUGAGGCUAUUUUACUCGCAAUGUGGACUACACUGACAGGUCGUAGGAGCAAAUUGGUUGGAGUUUGUAAAUGAGGAGGUAUAUUCGAGUUACUGUUUUACGACUGAACUUUACCACCGUAAUUUUCCACCAAAAAGAAGAGUUAUUGUGUUGUGUGAUAUCUGAUUGACCUAAAAUAUCUUCAGAAUUACGAUUGUGCUUCUUAAAUAUUUAUUGAGUUUGUAUAUCACCCACAUAUAUGCUAUCAUAAAAUUUUAAUA